UGAUACAUCUUGUGCCUCACUUGCACUUAGCUUGGCAUCCGCUACUCUCUGAUUUUUCAAGUGCUCAAGUCGCAACUUUUGGCCUAGGCCACCACUUUGUGAGCCCCAGGAAAGCUCGAGAUAAACGGAAGACUCAAACAUUGGUGGAGUUACCAGGCGCAGAGGCGAAACACCGCCGACUUUUGGCUGAAAUGAAGGAACUUAUGAAGCCAUGGUAUGAAGAACAAAGCUCGCAGGUGUUGUCUCCUCAUCCAUCACAUGAUGAUACUGCCAAGCACCCUCAACACAUAGAGAAUGAUGAUACCACAGCACUUCACUUUGAAGAUGUGGAAACGUUCGACCAACCAUCUCUCGAUACCUCAGCAAUCGACACUCCAGUCAAACGACGGAUUGUGUCAGACCGAUCGGCUAGUUUACUGUAUAGUCACUGGAGCGACCUCAUCCCAACUCUCAUCGAUCCUCUACUUCUCUACUUAGGGCGAACGCAGGGAAAACCACUGGAAACCACUCAUUCAGUCAUAUCUGCAUGUACUGGGACACUACCAUGUACACCAAAACGAGCAACUUUGAUGUGUUUGUUUUUUGACCGAUACGCGUCUAUAGAUGUGCUAAGCUGUACAUGCUCCACUCUCCCGCAGGUACUUCUCCACCAUGGUCUAUUCCCAACUGCACCUUCACAGCCUCGAAUGGCUGUAUCUGUUGAUUUACUUUCAUUCUACCGUGCACUGUUUGAACGCUCAUGCGACGCGAUUAACGCUUGUUGAAUUCAACGUCGUCAUCGCUCUACUUCGUCGUCAUCACUCCGAUAGCUUUCCUUUUUCGUCUUUGAUAUUCCGGAUUCAAUACCAUUCUAUAUAAUCUGUAGCUUCACGCGGUUCAUACCUCAGCGGUUCUACUAUUACGACGCUGAGGUAUGUAUCAUUUUCUACUUGCACGCCGUCUAUCUCUUACUCCGUUUCACAUGUAGACUUGACUUCUAGGUACUAUCAAUAUUAGCGGUUCUACU